AUUUUUUUUCUCUUACCGCAUUUAGACGUUAUUAGUUGAUCCUCAGACAUCAUCUUUUCUUAUUCUUGUUAUUCUAAUUUUUAUUUAAUUUUUUUGUUCAAAUUAUUAUUAAAUUUUCGCUUAAAUUGAUUAUCAAAUUAUUUAUUACCCUUUCAUCUUAUCAAGUUAAAUACAUUUACUAAUAUUAUCAACAUGCCACAAACAAGAAGCACCAAGAGAGUUUCCACCCCAGUUAAAGAUGGACAAGUCGAUGGUGAUGCCAUUGAGAUCAAGAAAAGUAAACUCGAUGGUAUUGAUUCAGUUGAUGAAGUCACCCCAUCUACCGAAGCUGUUAAAGAGGUUAAAGAAGUCGAAACCACUAAUGGUAAAUCUGAAGUAGUUGAAGAUAAGGUAGAUGUUGAGGAAUCUACUGAAAAAAAUGGAACCUCUAAUGGAACCUCAGAAGCAGCAGCUGCAAACGGUCACACCGAAGAAAAGACAGAAGCCAAAGAAGAAGUUCCUGUUGAAUCAAGUGAAACCGAAAAGGUUGAUGCUGAAGAACCAGUGUCCGAAGAAGCUAACUCAGCUGCAGCUACUGAAUCCAAACCUGAAGUGGAGGAUGCAAAGGUAGUAGAACAAUCAUCAUCAUCAUCAUCAACUGAAAAACCAGCGGCAGAAAGUACUGAACUAGCUAAUAAACCAGAUGAAGUUGCAGCAAGUGACGCCGAUCAAAAGAAACCCGAAGAAACCGUUGAACAACCCAGUGAAACCGCUGCUGCAGCUAACUAAUUGAUAUAAAACAAAAAAUGAUUGAAACAAUAUCAUUUCUUGGUUUAAACUAUUAACAAUUUUGUAAUUCAUUAUAAAAAACCCUGUCUCUCUAUCUUUAUCUCUCUCAAUCUCUAUCUAUCUCUUUAAAAUUAUCUCACUAUGAUAAUAACCAUACUAAUUGAUGAAACAAUUAGUUACAACAACCCAAAAUUCAAUUUGAUUUCCAGUGACAGAAUUAAGAUCAAUGAAACAAUUUGAUCAUUUGUUUUUUGUGUUCAAUUUUCAAUUCCAAUAUUCAUCAAAACAAAUUAAUAAACGCAAACAAAAAGUUUGAACUUAAAACAAAACAACAA